AUGUGGCUUGGCCUCGCGCUUUUUGGUGUCUUUUUCUGCCUGGCCCAUGGCAUAGACCCGGGCAAGGAUUACUACUGGCGACGCUGUCUCAGACGGCCAUUGCAAGUCGGCGACGUCUUCACGGCAAAGGGCAAAAUACAGAAUGGCAUGCAGAGAUGGACAUGUGGACUCGAGGCAAGAUACGCCAUUGAUGUAUUUGGUCACUUUGACCACCGUAACUUCCGGAAUUCGUCACAUCCGCUGGUGACAUAUUCGCAUCGCCUCGGAACGGAGAAGCCCUGGCAGCCCGGCUAUCAAUACCGUCAACUUCCGUUCGCCGCCGGAGCGGACUUUGAGAUCACGAUUCGAGUGAUCACCGCGACCCGGUGCUGCGGUGAUAUCCAGAAUGUGACACUCACUGGGACGUCAUUGGGCAAAAAUGUGAUCCGUCAAUGGGACGCACCAUGUCCAUCGUUUGAUUCGUACGGUGACGACGACGAUAGCCAUAGUCAUGAGCAUCCUGCGACUCAAAAACCGACGACAAAAGCACCGACAAAGCCGCCGACGAAGGCGCCGACGAAGCGACCACAUAGUCACAGUCAUAACCACAGCCACAGCCAUUCUUCUGAUGAGAGCGGGAAGUGGCCAUCAAAUGGUGGCAACGGCAGACGACGUGGCAAUGGAGAUCGUGGCAGGAAUGGAGGUCGAAACGGCCACGGCAGCGGCCGAAAUAACGGUCUCGACGAUUUGGACCUCGACAUCAACCUUGGGCAAUUGGUUGUCGAUGGCGGUUUAAUGGGUCCAGCACCACAGAUGCCAGCUUGGCUUGGGAAGAAG